AGGAAUUAAGAGUCCGCACUUAUCAUACGAGCUACAGUGACGAGCAAGAAAGGAAUGUCUUUCCAGCUCCAUCCCCGAAGCAAUUCGGAUAGCUCUGCAACGAUGGCGACACCAUAUUCUGCGAGGCCGAGGAAGAGAACUGCUCAUGCUUGCGAUGCUUGCCGAAUGAGGAAAUCCAGAUGUGACGGUCGACAACCUUGUUCAUGGUGCAUGGAGAAUGAAGUUGAUUGUCUGUACGGACAGCAACAGCAGCCAUCGGGUGCAAACCAGGGCAAGAGCGACAAGAUCCUUGAAACUGUCCUGCGUAUGGACGGUCUUCUUCGCAGUAUUCAUGAAAAUCUUAGCGAUCAACAGCAACAAACUCUUCAGCAUAGAGCUGUAACUUCACCGAGAUUCUCGGAUCCGUCGUCACCAGAUAAUAGUGAUUUUGCCAAGGUGGCAAAUGCUACUAUUCCUUCGACUCACAUCAGCGCUACCGAGGAUCUUCUAAGCUCCGCCAUUGCAGCUCCAUAUCCAUCUCUCCGUGCUCAAUUCCGCCCUAUAUUUCUUCUAGAGAGCAGAUGUCCAGCAAUCCCGUUCCAGCCGCGAUCAAUACGGCCAGUCUUUACCACAAACGAGGCAGAGCGUCUCCUCAACUCCUUCCAGAAAAAUGUCAAUUUUUGGUAUCCAACUGUAAGCAAAGCAACAUUACAGAAUAUCUUCGAAAGAGUCAGAAAUGGGUUUGUCGAAAAUACCUGUGGAGACUGUGCCGCACUCCUCGUUAUGGGACUGGGAGCUGCUUCGGAAUUGGUUCAGCUAGUACAUUCGAACGUCAAAGGCCACGGAUUUGAAUCUAGACAGCAGCAGAACGAGCUGAUGACGAUGGCUACUGUUUGUUUUGAUGAAGCUUUGAAGCUUCUCAACGUUGCGUACAUGGAGAUCAGCACCAUUUCGACACAAUGUGUAUUCUUAGCAGCGAUUUACUGCUCCUUUUUGCAGCGGCCUUUACAGACAUGGGGCCACUUGAAUACGGCGGCUACCAAGUGUCGAGCCCUCCUCGUAUAUGGCACAGGGUCAGGCAAUAUUGAAGACGAAGAAUGUAUUCGUCGCAUCUUUUGGUCUUGUUACAUUAUCGAAAGCGAUCUCAUAUCUGAACUCUCCCAUCUUCCCCAAAGCGGAGUUGCCGAAGUCGAGUCAGAAGUACCACUACCAGGUCCCUUGCAGACACACUUCACAGAAGCUGAAACAGAAUCAUCGGCUCUGUACUUCUUGUCCUGCAUCUCAAUAAGACGUCUGCUCAACCGGGUGCAUCAUCUCCUCUACGCCGAGGAUAAAUACAAGAACUAUACGAAUGCGAGGGAUGAGGCCUUACGAGGUCUGAUUACUGAACUUGAUCGACAACUAGUACUCUGGCACGAUACCCUUCCCGAGUUUCUAAGAUUUGAAGAAAAUACGAGAGACUGUAGGAAUGAGCAUGCGGCCUUCCUCCGACAGCGGUAUCUUGCAUGCAAGAGUGUGAUAUAUCGACCAUACGUUGAGAUUGUGCUAAAACAUCGAGAAAUUCCUCACUCAACUGAAACGAUCGACGCAGCAAGUCGAUGCCUCAAAGCAAGCUGUGAUCACAUCGCGAACUUGCGGUCCUUCAGUCAGACUGUUAUGAUCGACACUUGGAUCUGUGCCCUCUCAAUGACAAGUACUAUGUUCAUCAUAUUAGUCGCCCUUCAGAAUCCCUCCCUCCGCCCCCGACUCCUCGAACACAAUAUCCCAGAAUUUGGUCCCCAUCUACGAGACCUUCUCACUGCAUGGAUCGGAGUGAUGCCUCAGAAGAGUCCAAGUAUCCAGCAAAGCAUACGCCUCAUCGCCGAGAUUGAGGCGUUGAUCAGGGAAUCUCGAUGA